AUGGCUGGAAGACCUGAGAACCCGACAUUGACGCCGUCGCAAGUGAACGAUGAGGAUGUUAGGAAGUCUGUACCAAUCCGGAAGAAACCAACACAGGAGAAAGGGAUCAAGAUAUAUCCUUUUACAAUCGACAAGCUGUGCGAGGAAAACGCAAGGUACUGGUUUCAUGUGAUGGAGAACCAGUUGAAAGCCCAGUUCUCUUGGGAGGCGAUUGAGUACUACCAUGAGGUAGGAAGGAAGGAAUUCAGCACUAUUCUGAGGGAGGAUGUUGAGUGGUUCAAAAUCAACCUGAAGGCAGACAUGAUUAUUGAGCAAGGCCUUCAACCAGUGACCAUACUCGAUAUCAAGGACCUAGACAAUGCUGGAUUGAAAUGGGAUCGCCUUAAGGAGAUCUUCUUGAAGUCAUCCAAUGCCAAAAAGGCCAUGAAAUUGAUGAAGAUGGCCAAUUGGACAUGGGAUUCCACAAGGAUGAACGAGAAGGAAGCAUACCGAGAAAUAAAACAACUGGGAAAGGAAUUUGUUGACAUGAACGGUGGUAAUAAGAUCACCAUUGAGGAGCUGGUCGUGCUUUGGUAUCUCCGUGGCUUGGGAGAUAAAUAUGCGACUUUGAGAGAUACUGUGAUGAGCUCGAAUGUGACACUAGAUGAAGAUUAUAUCCUCAAUCGAAUUGAUGAUAUGAUGCACAUGAAGAGUGGGUCAACUGAGAAGGGAUCACGGGUCUCCAAUCAUGGCAACAAGAAGAAAAAGGGGUCCAAAUGCUAUGUGUGCGGCCGGGCCGGACAUUUCGCGAGGGAAUGUCAGAGCAAGCAUGAGGACAGUGAAAGUGAUAUAGAAUGGGAUCAACAAAAGCCCAAAGGUCGACGAGAAGGUCGGCAAGAACAUCGGCGAGGAGGUCGACAAGAAAGUCGGCGAGAAGGUCGACAAGGCAAAUCAUCAAAGCAGAAGGGUCGACUUGCUGGAGAGCAAGACGAUGAUUCUUCCCAAGAGGAAUUGUGCGAGUUCAGUUCAUAUGCAGCUGAGAGGUCAGAACUGGGUCGUUUCACGAGUGAAAAGGGAAGCCAGGCAAAUGGCAGCUGUCCAUCAGUAUGGUGUUUUGACAGUGGAGCAACAAGCAUGUCAACAGGCAAUAGGGACAUUUUUGAGAAAUUGGACAUGAAAAGCCGAGGAACACUGACUAUUGCAAGUGGAGUUCAAAUGCCAAUUUUGGGCAGGGGAACAGUCAAAUUUAACCUGCCAAAUGGCUCUGCAACUGUCCGAUUAAGCAAUGUCAUAUAUGUACCUGGGUUGACAGAGAAUCUUCUAUCUUUGGAAGCUCUCCAUGUUGCUGGAUUUGAAUCAAGGGGUUCAAUUCGAGGAUACACACUACUGAAGGAUGGGAAGAUAGUUGCUAGAGGACGGCGAAUUGGAAAAUCGACCUACCUAGAUACGGUAUCAUACACGAAUGCUCUGUAUGUGAAGCCAGAGCAAGCAAGGAAGUGUGUGGAAUUAAAUGCAAAGCCUGAUGAGAGGACAAUAUUGCAGCUGCUUAGCAGGCGAGCUGUUAGGGCUGAUGAUGAAACUGAACAACGCCGUGAGAUCAUCCAUCAACGAUUGGGACAUCCUGGAAGGAAGCGCUUUAAUUGGUGUGUUGAAACCAUGGAUAUGGAUGAAUUGAAAGUGCGCAAACGAGAUAAACUGCUGGAUGAUGAUUGCGAGAUAUGUGUCAAGGCGAAGCAGGUGAAGAGUCAGAGUCAUCUCCCAGUCCCUAGAGCAAGGAGACCGCUCCAACGAGUGUAUAUGGAUUAUUGGGGUCCAUAUGUUGGAGGCGUAGGAGAAGAGAGAUACUACCUGUCGCUGAUUGACGAUUGCACGAGGUAUUCAUGGGUCUUUAUCAAGAAGGACCGGACGUCUAGCUCAGUACAGAAUACACUGGAGCUAUGGCUGCGCCAGGCUGAGCGAGAGACUGGCAAAAUGUUAUUGGUCAUAAGGACUGACAAUGCAAAGGAGUUCCUAGCCCUGGAACCAUGGGCCCAGUUGAAGGGCAUCCAAUUGGAGUUCACUGAGCCUUAUACCCCUCCGCAAAAUGGAGUUGCGGAGCGAUUCAAUCGGUUUAUCCUUGAAGUCACCAGGGCAUUGCUGUUCAAUUCUGGAAUCAGCAAGAGGUACUGGAAGUACGCGGUAGUUACAGCUAAUUACCUGCGGAAUCGGACAACAGGAGCUAAGGGUAGUGGUGGUAAGACGCCAUAUGAGCUAUGGCAUGGGUAUGAGCCAGACCUAACCCAUCUGCGAAUUUGGGGAUGCCGGGUACUCUAUCACCAGAGAUCGAAUGAUAAGCUUGAGAGCAGGGUGAUGGAAGGAACUUUCCUUCUGUAUGGGAAGAGCGACAAACAAUAUGCUGUAUUGCCAAAGGGCGCUGAUGAAAUUCGAUUGGUCACCAAUCCAAAAUUCCGGGAACGGGAACCUGGAUAUUUGACAAUGGAUAAGGAUUCUAGUGCAUUUGAGGCACCAAUGAUGGAACCAGCAACCAAUGUGAAUGAUGCGCCAAGGCCAACACCAAUGGCUAUUGAUGUGGAAAGUCAGCAGAGAGAUGCUGCACCAUUGGGUGGAAAGGAGGCAAGUGAUCAGCAAGGUGUCGCAAAUGGUCAGUCAAGGGAGACCAAUGAAUCCACACCGGAGGUGGAUGGAUCACCGCUGAAAUCUGCAAGCAAGGUAGAUAAUGCGGGUAAUGAAGCUGAUACUCAGUGGGAAGAACAACGUGAGGUUGAUGCCCCGCUGGGAGAAGGACAUCAGAAGAAAGUUUUACUUGAAGGGGAGAAAAGACAAGAAAAUCUCCCACAGAGUGACACUGGUGCAAUUGAUGAGCAUCAGGUAGAGAGACGACAUUCAGGUCGUACACGCCAGCCAUCAAGUACAUUGAUGGAGAGUCGCCAAACUGAGAAGAUUUAUGGUCGCAAGCGCAAAGCUGAAGGGGAGGACACUGGGAAUAGUGAUCGUCCAGCUCAGCGCUUGCGAGCACAUUUGGCGAGACUUGCAGUAGCUACUGAGCUACUGAUUGGAGAUCGAGAAUAUGAGGCUACAGAAGGAGCACGUGCUGCACGUGAGAAAGCUGGAAUCCGCAUACCGAAAUCAUACAAUGAAGCCGUUAACGAUCCGAUAUAUGGCUCAAAGUGGAAAGAAGCUAUCCACAAAGAGCUAAGCACCCUAAUAGGCUUUGGCACAUGGGAAUUGAAGCCCCGAAAAGAAGCCGAAGGAACGAUCUCAUCAACCAGAUGGGUGUUUGAUGUGAAGCUAGGCCUCGAUGGUCGAAAUUGA